AUGUUUAAUUACCGCGCAGGAACCGAACGGUUACCGAAGUUAGUAGCAGCGAUGGAGCAAGUCAGUUCCCAGAUGAUCUGUUCACUUUGGAACAACGAAGGAAAGGACUUGGUAGUUGUUCUUCACCUCGGUGGUUUAAUCUAUAUGUUUAUCGCAUUAGCAAUUGUUUGCGACGAAUUUUUUGUGCCAUCGCUCGGCGUUAUCACCGACAACUUAGCAAUCAGCGACGACGUUGCAGGUGCAACAUUCAUGGCUGCUGGUGGUUCAGCUCCAGAAUUUUUCACUUCUGUAAUUGGUGUUUUCAUCGCCCAGAAUAACGUCGGAAUUGGAACGAUUGUUGGAAGUGCUACAUUUAACAUAUUAUGUGUGCUUUCAUUCUGUGCAAUUUUUUCCAAAGGAGUUCUUCAUUUGACCUGGUGGCCCCUGUUCAGGGAUGUCGCGUUUUACGUGUUUGCAUUGCUUCUUCUCGUAUUAUUUUUUCUUGAUGAGCAGAUUAAGUGGUAUGAAGCCUUAACGUUGUUUAUUAUUUACAUAGUGUAUGCAAUUUUUAUGAAAUACAACGAAACAGUAGAACUAUACGUGAAAACCUCGAUUUUGAAGGAAAAAAAUCCUACCAGUAGUAUCGUUCGGAAGCUAUCUGUUGAAAGAAAAGCGCCAGAGAAACGGUCCGCAAGUGUUAUGAUCCCGGCAGACAACCAAAUUUAUCGAGAAAAGACUGAUCCACUGGCCAGGUCUACUUCUCUUUUUUAUGGUCGCAAGCGUCAAGGAUCACUUAGACGGCAGUCUAUUCCAAUACUGCAUUCUGGAACAAUGUUUCGUAAUGGUAUUAUGCAGCUGAUGUCCCAUGGUCUUGACCCACUUCGUGAAGGCGAGUUGGAAGGUAUGGAAUUGACCGGAGAGGAUGCAGAAGUCUUCCGGCGUGACUCACGGCGGACCUCUGAGAAUUGGAGGCAAUCAAUUCAGGACAACUGCAAUGUAGAGAAGAUGGAUGCAGUAAAUACAAGAAGGCUGUCAUCUAUAAAACGAUUCUCAACAUGUCCUAACAACUCCAGCAUAGAAGAAAUUGUAAAGUCGAUACUCGAGGAAGAAGAAGAUAAACCAUUAGAUUUGACCUGGCCAAAAGGUUGCCGAGAAAAAUUGAUUUAUUUGGCGUUAUCACCAAUAACUUUUCCACUCUCCACCACUCUUCCUGACGUCAGGGACCAAGCCAAAAGGAGGUGGUAUCCAGUGACCUUUGUUGGCUCAAUUUGUUGGAUCGCUUUUUACUCAUAUCUUAUGGUUUGGAUGGCUAAUACAUUUGGAGAAACUUGUGCUAUACCUACUGAGGUUAUCGGGCUUACAUUACUCGCUGCUGGUACAAGUAUACCGGACUUGAUCACUAGCGUGAUCGUAGCCCGAAAAGGUCUUGGCGACAUGGCCGUAUCCAGCUCUGUUGGUAGCAAUAUAUUUGAUGUCUGUGUCGGUUUACCAGUUCCUUGGUUGCUGUAUUUUAUUGUCGAGCCAUUUAAGAGUGGAACGGCCCUCAAGUAUAUUUCAGUUUCCAGUAAUGGCUUGGUGUGCAGCGUUGGAAUGCUGUUUAUUAUGCUUAUAGUCCUUGUUUUUGCGAUUGCAAUAUCCAAGUGGAAGAUGAAUAGAUUAUUUGGAAUAAUUAUGAUUUUAUCAUAUUUGAUUUUUUGUGUGUUUUCAGUCUCUCUUGAAACUGGCCACUUUACAUGUCCAUUAAAACUUUGUUAA